AUUUAAUAAACCUUAUCUAAAUCCAAUAUGGGAAGAGGUCCAAAGAAACAUUUAAAGAGAGUCAAUGCACCAUCUCACUGGAUGCUUGACAAGAUGAGCGGAAUCUACGCUCCAAAGCCAAGCCCAGGUCCCCACAAGGCAAGAGACUGCAUUCCAUUGUCUAUUAUUCUUAGAAAUAGACUCAGGUAUUGCAUGAGCGGAGUCGAAGUCAAGAAAGUUGUCCUUGACAAAUCUGGUAACAUCAAGAUUGAUAAUAAAAUCAGAAGAGACACUAAAUUCCCAUGCGGUGUCAUGGACGUCAUCACUAUCGAGAAGACCGGAGAGUUCUUCAGAAUCCUCAUUGAUGUCAAGGGAAGAUUCCAACCUCAUAAAAUUGAUGCUAAGGAAGCCACCUUCAAGCUCUGUAAAAUUGUUAAGAAAGCUAUUGGUAAAAAUAGAGUUCCUUACUGUGUAACUAACGACGGUAGAACUUUGAGAUACCAACAUCCAGACAUCAAGAUCAACGAUACUAUCAAGCUCAGCCUUGAGAGUAACGAAGUUCUUGACCACUAUCCAUACGAACAAGGAAACGUAGCUAUUGUGGUUGGUGGAUCUAACAAGGGAAGAGUCGGAACUAUCCAUCGUAUCGAGAAACAUGAUGCCUCAUUCAAUAUUGUCCACUUGGCCGAUGCCAAGGGUGCAAAAUUCGCUACCAGAGUCGGAAACAUGAUGGUCAUUGGUAAAGGAAAGAGACCAGCCAUCACUCUAUUCAAGGAUAAGGGAAUGAAGAGAGGAAUCAUUGACGAAAAGAAGAUCAAGGGACAGUUCAUGACUUUCCACAACGCCUAAUAUGCUAUAACUUUGGAAUAGAACAAGGUUCAACUAUCUAUAUUAACCAAUU